AUGGCGAGCGUGGUCGUGAAGACGAUCUGGCAGUCCAAAGAGAUCCAUGAGGCUGGAGACCCUCCCGCAGGUGUCGAGAAUCGCUCCCAGCUGGCCCCUGAGGCUCCCGGGGGGGUGACCAGUCCAGCCAAGGGGAUCACGAAGAAAAAGAAAGCCGUGUCGUUCCACGGCGUGGAACCCCGGAUGUCCCAUGAGCCGAUGCACUGGUGCCUGAACCUCAAACGGUCCUCCGCCUGCACCAAUGUGUCAUUGCUCAACCUGGCCGCGGUGGAGCCCACCGACUCCUCGGGGACAGAUUCGACCACGGAAGACAGCGGUCCACUGGCGCUGCCCGGGCCCCCCGCCUCCCCCACCACGCCCUGGGCUCCAGAUGACCCGGACAUCACAGAACUUCUGAGUGGGGUCAACAGUGGAUUGGUCCGGGCCAAAGACUCUAUCACCAGUUUGAAGGAAAAGACCACCCGGGUUAAUCAGCACGUGCAGACCCUGCAGAGCGAGUGUUCCGUGCUGAGCGAGAAUCUAGAGAGAAGGCGGCAAGAGGCUGAAGAGUUGGAAGGGUACUGUAGUCAACUCAAGGAGAACUGCCGGAAGGUGACCCGGUCGGUGGAAGAUGCUGAAAUCAAAACCAACGUCUUGAAGCAGAACUCCGCCCUAUUGGAGGAGAAGCUGAGAUACCUGCAGCAGCAAUUGCAGGAUGAGACGCCGCGGAGGCAGGAGGCCGAGCUACAGGAGCUGGAGCAGAAGCUGGAGGCCGGCCUCUCCCGGCACGGCCUGGGCUCUGCCGCUCCGAACCAGGGCUGCUCCGGCCCGCCGGGGAGUCCUGAAGAACCUCCUCGGCUGCGCGGCCUGGGCCCCGGCGGCUGGGGAACCGGGUCCCGGGCAGGGGAGAGCCCCUACGGGAGCGAUCAGGAGCUGCAGAAGGUGUCCGCCGGUCUCGAGGAGUUGAGGAGGGAGGUGUCCUCGCUGACUGCACGGUGGCAUCAGGAGGAGGGGGCGGUGCAGGAGGCCCUGCGGCUGCUAGGGGGCCUGGGCGGCAGGCUCGACGGCUUCCUGGGCCAGUGGGAGCGGGCGCAACGCGAACAAGCUCAGACCGCCCGGGGCUUGCAGGAGCUUCGAGGUCGGGCGGACGAACUGUGCACCAUGGUGGAGCGGUCAGCAGUGUCUGUGGCUUCACUGAGGAGCGAACUGGAGGGGCUGGGCCCAGUGAAACCGAUUCUGGAGGAGCUGGGGAGGCAAUUUCAGAACCCCCGAAGAGGACCUGACCACUCAAUGAGCCUGGAUCGGUCCACGCAAGGCUCCUGUGCUCGCUGUGCCAGCCAGGGGCAGCAGUUGUCUUCCGAGUCCCUGCAGCAUCUGCUGGAGCGAGCACUGACACCGCUGGUGGACGAGGUGAAGCAGAGGGGCCUGGCUCCUGCUUGUCCCAGCUGCCAGAGGCUACACAAGAAGAUUCUGGAGCUGGAGCGCCAGGCCUUGGCCAAACACGUCAGGGCAGAGGCCCUGAGCUCCACCCUUCGGCUGGCCCAAGACGAGGCCCUGCGGGCCAAGAACCUGCUGCUGACGGACAAGAUGAAGCCGGAGGAGAAGGUAGCCACUCUGGACUAUCUACACCUGAAGAUGUGCUCCCUCCACGAUCAGCUCAGCAACCUGCCACUUGAGGGGUCCACGGGGACAAUGGGGGGAGGAAGUAGUGGGGGGACUCCCCCAAAACGUGGGGGUCCAGCCCCUGAGCAAUAA